AUGCAGAAUAACAGCCAGCGUGUACCGAAGAAAGUAUGGCUCGAAACGCCACUCAUUGAGUCGACGGUGCUCUCUAAGAUGGCCGGCUGCCGUGUUUUCUUGAAACUCGAAAAUACGCAACCCUCAGGCUCUUUCAAAAGCCGUGGCAUAGGAAAUUUCAUGGUGUCUUACGUCCAUCAAAACGGGACUGAUAAAUCCAAUAUCCAUUUCUAUAUAUCCUCGGGUGGUAACGCCGGGCUUGCUUGCGUGACGGCAGCAGUGUCUCUGAACUGCAAGGCAUCAGUGGUGGUUCCUCUUUCAACGGAUCAAGAUAUGAUUUCAAAAAUUCGGGAGGCGGGAGGAACAGACAUCAUCUCUUACGGCGAAACAUGGUUUCAUGCUGACCAGUAUCUGCGAGAAACGGUGAUGGCAGCAGCAGAAUCACGAGGAGAAACAGCCAUCUAUGUCCCACCAUUUGACAAUCAUCUAGUCUGGGAAGGUGCUUCAACUAUGGUCGAUGAGAUUUCUAGUCAGAUGGAAGUGCAACCGGAUGCCAUCGUUUGUUCAGUAGGUGGAGGUGGGCUUUUCUCGGGGGUUAUGCUUGGAUUGGACAGAAACGGAUGGGAUGAAGGCCACCCUACACAAGUCCUGGCCGUCGAAACUAAUGGUGCAGAUUCUCUGGCACAGUCAGUCGACAAGGGAGAGCUGGUCACACUGCCGGCCAUCACUUCGAUAGCGAAGUCGUUGGGAGCACUCACAGUUGCCCCAAACGCGUUCAAACAAGCGCUCCGAGAAAAUGUCUCAACAGUGGUCGUCGAAGAUUCUGAGGCAUGUUCGGCGUGUUUGCAAUUCGCAGACCACCACAGGCACUUAGUAGAACCUGCCUGUGGUGCAAGCCUCGCCCUGCUCUACAACGGGACUUUGAAAAAUUAUGUGAAUGACUUCGGGCCCGGCAGCAGAGUGGUUUUCAUCGUCUGUGGGGGAAGUACCGUUUCCCUGGAAAAGCUUGAUGGCUACAGAAAAACAUAUGGAUUGUAG